UCAUAUGCCGCCUCAAAGAUUCCCAUCCGAGGAAUUAGGUCUUAAGAAUGAUAAUAAUGUGAUAUACGCUUACGACCAACAACAAAUCACCUCUAGUAGCUCAUAUGAUCAAGGAAAAAACAAUUAUGGUAGUGAUGACGUAAACUCGCCAAAGCAGUUGCCACCUGAAUUUAAUGAAAAUCACCACGAAGUGCAUGAUAACGGGCGAGAGAAAUUGGAUAGCAUAUAUGACGAUUACGUCUCGUCAUAUCUUAACGAGAAUGAUGAUGAAUUACGCUCACCAGAGCGUCAUCCUGAAUCAUCUGUUUCUGAUAGUCUCACCCCGAGUAAUGUUGAACAAGAGGAAGAUGAAGGUCUUUGCUAG